AUAUGAGUAAAGGUGACAAGUCUCAAAACAUUUUCGAUUAUAGGGCUGAAACUCUUGACUAUUGGAAACAAACUAUUGAAACGUUAUAACUAUCAAUGCAAUUCGAUGUAAAUAUCUUCAACCAAAAUAGGAAAAAUACAAAUUCAUAGCUCCAACACUUAUUGAACAUGUAUUAGCCACUCUUCAAUUAAUGAUUCAAGUAAAGGGUCAGUAUAGUGAAGACAGUUUCAUCAUUGCUCUCUCCAAAUACGCAGUAUUACAUUAAUCUAAUCUCAGGAAUUCUAACAAAAAAAUGUUAAGAAAUUUAUGACUUCAUUUGUCAAUUCAUUUCAAUUGUUACUUAAGGGAAAUCAAGAAAUCUGCUAUUUUACAAUCAUGUUGAGUCCUACUGAAUUAGUCAAAGCAAGCUCUGAUCAAUUCUCAUUUUACCUCAAGUUAAGAAAAUACAUCUAUGCCAACUUUAUUAACGAAAGAGAAACCAAAGUUAAACCAAUGAACUUUGGUAUAUUCUAUAAUUAUUUUAGAUUAAUGGGUUUCAGUGGUCUCUAAAUAAAUGGAUAAUUCUGCAAUCAGUCUUGUUGGAAAUAGAAUUAGAGAAGAAGCUGAUGAAAAAUCCAAAGAUAAAAUUCUUAAAAAUAAGUAACUAAUUAAAUUAUACUUAGUGUAAGGCCAUUUGAUCUACUAAUUUAUUGUUACGAGUUAUAAUCUUAAAGGCUGUAACAAUAACCAUAAUAAAGGUAAAUAGCUACAUUUUCACCUUCAUAACAAAAAGAUGAAGAAGUCCCCUAAAAAUCAACUGUUUAACCGGUGCAACAAUAACAAUAGUAAAAACAAAAAUAAUAAAAAUAAACUGAUCUCUAGGCAAAAAUGAGAGAAGUAGUCUUAAUACAUGAAAACCUUGCAUCUAACUAUAAUAAAUUAGCUAUUUUUGCUUAAUAAACAUAAGCAAAACUAUCAAAGGCAUUAAAUCAAGUAAUUAUUACAACUACUUUAGAUUAAACAAGGAUAAUAAUUAGAUGAAACUGAAAUACAAGAUCUACAAAAUAUAUUGAAGUUUAAGGAUUUCUUACAAACUGAUCCAGAAUUAACAUUAAGAAAUAGUGGAGUCUAUGAAUUCUUUUGA